AUGGCGGCCGGUGUGGCCACGUGGCUGCCGUUUGCACGGGCAGCAGCGGUGGGAUGGUUGCCGUUGGCCAAGAAGACGAUGCCCAAACCUCCCGUGGACAAGACCUCCAAAUCAGACGAGAUCCUGUACGUCAACGUCAGCGGCGUCCGCUUUCAGACAUGGAAGAACACUCUGGAUCGCUAUCCGGAGACGCUGCUGGGUUCUUCGGAGAAAGAGUUUUUCUACAACGAGGAAACGCAGGAAUUCUUCUUCGACCGAGACCCCGAAAUGUUCCGCCACAUUCUGAACUUUUACCGCACGGGGAAGCUCCACUACCCCCGAAACGAGUGCAUCCAGGCCUUCGACGAAGAGCUGGCCUUCUACGGCAUCGUGCCGGAGAUCAUCGGAGACUGCUGCAUGGAGGAAUACCGCGACCGGAAGAAGGAGAACCAGGAGCGUCUGGCGGAGGACACCGAGGCCAACGAGGCGAUGGACGCCCCUCUGCCCCCCCACAGCACGUCCCGGGAGCGCCUGUGGCGAGCCUUCGAGAACCCCCACACCUCCACCAUGGCGCUGGUCUUCUACUACGUCACGGGCUUCUUCAUCGCGGUCUCGGUCAUCGCCAACGUGGUGGAGACGGUGCCCUGCCGGCCGCCCAAAGGCAGCGUCAAAGACCUCCCCUGCGGCGAGAAGUACCAGCUGGCGUUCUUCUGCAUGGACACGGCCUGCGUGCUCAUCUUCACCUUUGAGUACCUGAUGCGUCUGUUCGCGGCGCCGAGCCGCUGCAAGUUCAUGCGCUCGGUGAUGUCUGUGAUUGACGUGGUGGCCAUCAUGCCGUACUACAUCGGCCUGGUGAUGCCCGAGAACGAGGACGUGAGCGGCGCGUUCGUGACGCUGCGCGUCUUCCGCGUUUUCCGGAUCUUCAAGUUCUCGCGGCACUCGCAGGGUUUGAGGAUUUUGGGCUACACGCUGAAAAGCUGCGCCUCGGAGCUGGGCUUCCUGCUCUUCUCCCUCACCAUGGCCAUCAUCAUCUUCGCCACCGUCAUGUUCUACGCCGAGAAGGGAACCAAGGGCUCCACCUUCACCUCCAUCCCGGCCUCCUUCUGGUACACCAUCGUCACCAUGACUACGCUCGGGUGA